CGCCGCCGCGGUCGCCUGCGCUCCGCCGCGGUCGCCUGCGCUCCUCCCCGCUCGCCUCCGCACGCCCCCCCAUCCCCGGCCGGCUUCGCCUCCUCAGCGACGGCGGCUUCCGCCUCUCGUCGCUGCGCUCCCGCAGGAAACGGAAGAAGGCGCAAGCCAUGGAGGGGAACCGGGAUGAGGCGGAGAAAUGUGUCGAGAUCGCCCGGGAGGCCCUGAACGCCGGCAACCGCGAGAAGGCCCAGCGCUUCCUGCAGAAGGCCGAGAAGCUCUACCCACUGCCCUCGGCCCGCGCACUAUUGGAAAUAAUUAUGAAAAAUGGAAGCACUGCUGGAAAUAGCCCUCAUUGCCGAAAACCGUCAGGUAGUGGUGAUCAAAGCAAGCCUAAGUGCACAAAGGACAGCUCCUCUGGUAGUGGUGAAAGCGGAAAAGGCUACACCAAAGACCAAGUAGAUGGAGUUCUCAGCAUAAACAAAUGUAAAAAUUACUAUGAAGUACUUGGAGUUACCAAAGAUGCUGGUGAUGAAGACUUGAAAAAAGCUUAUAGAAAGCUUGCUUUGAAGUUUCAUCCAGACAAAAACCAUGCACCUGGAGCAACAGAUGCUUUUAAAAAGAUUGGAAACGCUUAUGCGGUUUUAAGCAAUCCAGAAAAACGAAAGCAGUAUGACCUCACAGGCAAUGAAGAACAAGCAUGUAAUCAGCAGAACAAUGGUAGAUUUAAUUUCCAUAGAGGUUGUGAAGCUGAUAUAACUCCAGAAGACUUGUUUAAUAUAUUCUUUGGUGGUGGAUUUCCUUCAGGUAGUGUACAUUCAUUUUCAAAUGGACGAGCUGGCUAUAGCAAUCAACAUCAGCAUCAACAUAGUGGACAUGAAAGAGAAGAAGAAAGAGGAGAUGGAGGUUUUUCUGUGUUUAUCCAGCUGAUGCCCAUUAUUGUAUUGAUCCUCGUGUCAUUAUUAAGCCAAUUGAUGGUCUCUAAUCCUCCUUAUUCCUUAUAUCCCAGAUCUGGAUCAGGGCAAACGAUUAAAAUGCAGACAGAAAACUUGGGUGUCGUUUAUUAUGUCAACAAAGACUUUAAAAAUGAAUAUAAAGGAAUGUUAUUGCAAAAGGUAGAAAAGAGUGUGGAAGAAGAUUAUGUGACUAAUAUUCGAAAUAAUUGCUGGAAAGAAAGACAACAAAAAACAGAUAUGCAGUAUGCAGCAAAAGUAUACCAUGAUGAACGACUCCGAAGGAAGGCAGAUGCCUUGAGCAUGGACAACUGUAAAGAAUUGGAGCGGCUGACCAGUAUUUAUAAAGGAGGAUGAACUGGAAUUUUAUUUAUACCUUUUAGAGUACUCUCUAUUUUUUCUGUAAGUAAGUUUAGUUUCAUCAUGAGAGCUAAAGAAGAUGAUUUGAUGUUGAAAACUAAACUGAAUAGUUGGUCCCUGAAAUCUUGGACUGUUUAUGACCUACUGGCUCCUUUAAAUAGUAAAGAACUGAAAACUAAAAUUAAUAUUUUAGUUAUGCUUCUGCAAUUAUUUUCACUUUAAAAGCUUAUAUGAUUCCUAACUAAAAAUGUCUUGAGAAAGGAUUAUCGCACCUGUAGCAAUUUCUGGUUUUAGAUUCUCAAUUUUUUUCCCUUGUCAUAUAAAUAUUUAUGGAAUGAUC